AUGAAGAAAUGUCUUCUAUUAGUGAGUCUGUAUCUGCUUGGAUCUGCCAGAGGAGCAUCAGGUCAAUCUGAUGAGCUUCCUGGCUCUAUGGAUCAUCAAGCUUCAGUUCAGCAACCUUCAGGCGAGAACACUUUGAGUGAGCAUGGCUCAAGUGAGCACACUGCGGCUGAACACGCUUCAGGUGAGCGCGAUGCAGUCGAACAUGCUUCAGGCGGGCACAGUGCAGUCAAACACGCUUCAAGAGGGCAUGCUGCAGGUGGGCACGCUGCAGGUGAACACGCUUCCAGUGAACAGCCUUCGGGUGAAAAGACUUCUGGUGAACGGUCUGCAGGUGAACAGCCUUCAGGCAUCCCGCCUUCAAGCACAAUUUCAGGCCCAGUAUUAAAUUGCCACACAUGCUCUUAUAUGAAUGACCAAGGAAAAUGUCUUCAAGGAGAGGGAGUCUGCUCCACUCAGAAUUCCCAGCAGUGCAUGUUAAAGAAGAUCUUUGAAGGUGGAAAACUUCAAUUCAUUGUCCAGGGCUGUGAAAACAUGUGCCCAUCCAUGAACCACUUAUCCCAUGGAACCAGGAUGCAAGUUAUAUGCUGUCGGAAUCAAUCUUUCUGCAACAAGGUCUAG